AUGUUUGGAGACCACACUGCUGCCCUUGACGUCAUGACGCUCCUGAACACCAUGGCCGUCACGGCCCAGAAUACAUCGUUCGGAGCCGACAACUUUUACCGUAGCAACAACGUCCAGAUCCAGCCCAUCAUGUUCCCGACCCUGUACCGUACCGACGUCGCGGGCAACCUCUUCCUCCCGCGCAACCUGAGCCGCAGCGUCGAGAAUCCCGUCAUCGUUGUCGGUCACCCUAUGGGCGCUGUCAAGGAGCGAAGCGCCAAUCUUUACGCGACCAAGCUCGCUGAGGACGGCUUCGCCACCGUCUCUAUACACCUCCCCCACUGGGGCGGAAGCAAAGGCGAUCCGCGCAACGCCGUCUCGGCCGAAUACUAUGCGGAGGCAUUCAGCGCCGCCGUUGACUACCUCGGCCUCCAAGACUUUGUCAAUCCCAGUAUGUACGACAUGGGCGCCGUCACCCGAAACGGGCUCGAAAAUUCGCAGACACUCGCCCAACGGGAGCUUUUCGAGGCUGCCGUAGCUCAGCGUUGGAACGAGUCCGAAGGCGCGGAGCCCGAGUUGGUCGGCGGCACCGUGAACAGGCGCCAGGACGCUACGGAUCCUAUUCAGCAAGAGUUCCAUGACUUCUACUGCACCACUCGCGGCGAGGUGGCUCCUCUCGGUGCUUUGCCGAGUACAAUGACACACCCGAUGCACGCAAGCCAAGUCAAGUUCCUCAACUUCUAUCCUGUCAAUGAAAUUGACACCAUCUCGCCCCGUCCUUUGCUCUUCAUCACCGGCGAUCAAGCUCAUUCGCGCGAAUUCAGCCAGGAUGGCUACAAUCGUGCUGCCGAGCCAAAGGAACUGAUCUGGGUCCCUGGUGCUGGCCAUGUCGAUCUCUAUGACCGCGUGGAGCUUAUUCCAUUUGACAGACUUGGCCGAUUCUUCAGGAGCAAUCUGUAA